CGUGCAGUCUGUUUUCGGCACAACACCGGAAGCAGCUGUGCUCACCGUGGCUAACUUGAAGUGUCUAGCUAGUCUGAUUGAAGAGGUUUGUUGCCCGUUGUUGUAAACCGUUUUCCCCCGUGAGUCCUGCUCUCGUCGUCACGUAGCUCAACAGUCACAAUCGGAUGGACCAACAGAUCCCGUGUGUAUGGAUAAACUUAUUUAAGUGGACUUUGUGCACAUUUACCGGACGUUUCACCUCAGACUCAUCUCCGUUAGCCAAGAAUGCUAAAUGAAGUUAGCGUAGCGUGCUAGCUGGAAAUAGACCGAGACGGAACGCUACAGCGCUAAGUCGGAGUGACUAUUGGAUAGAGACCAAACUGUAUUUUUCAUGGACCCACAAUGUCCAGCUAAACCUGUCUGAAUAGACUCUGCUGUCCCCUUUAUUUGAAACCGUCGGAAUUAUCUCCUGGUGUCCUACGAAGCUAAUGAAGUUAGCUUGCGACCCUGAAGUAGACGGAUCCGUACGUAACCUAGCAACACAACACAACGCACGUCAGAGUGAGAAAACAGGUUUUUAACGGAGUGUGUCCGGAGGAAAAGUUGCUGUGACUUGGUAAAAAAAUGUCGAAAGUCCAAAUACUGAGAGCUUUCGUCAACCAGCGACUAACUGCGGCUGCUGAAGAGAUAUUUGAGCUGUUUGAAAGAACGAUAGCAGAGUACGAGGAGCAAAUCCGGUUAACGUUACACACAGCAGAAAUCCAGCAGCUGUUGGUGGUGAAAGAAGAGGUUCCCCCCGAGCAGCAGGAGUGGAGCUCCAGUCUGGACCAGGAGGACCCAGAGCCCCCUCCACACAUUAAAGAGGAACAGGAGGAACUCUGGACCAGUCAGGAGGGAGAGCAGCUUCAAGGGCUGGAGGAGGCUGAUAUCAAGUUCCCGUUCACUUCUGUCCCUGUGAAGAGUGAAGAAGACGACGAAGAGCACUGGGGAGGACCAGAACCAGCCAGGAACUCAGAUCCAGAUAGUCCUUUACAACCAGCUACUCAUGACAAGACUUCAGACUCCUCUGAAUCUGAGACUGAUGCCAGCGGUGACUGGGAGGAGACUGAGGAACCUCAGUCAGGUUUAAACUCUCUGCAAAACAAUGAAGUACCUGUGAGUGAUGUGGAACCUCUGAGGAAACACACUGGAGUCCAAACAGACGGGAAACCGUUUUGUUGCUCGGUUUGUGGUAAAAGAUACCCUCUGAAGAAGUCUUUAUCAAUUCACAUGAGACUUCAUUCAGAAGGAAAACACUUCACCUGCUCAGUUUGUAAAACAAGUUUCUGCAGCAAAAGCAAUUUGGUUAUGCACAUGAGAAUCCACACUGGGGAAAAACCUUUUAGUUGCUCAUUUUGUAGCAAAAGAUUUGCACGAAAGACACAUCUGAGAGACCACUUGUCUUCCCACACCGGGGACAAACCAUUUAGUUGUUCAGUUUGUAGCAAAACGUUCAUACAAAAGAAUCACCUGAAGCAACACUUGACUGUCCACACAGGUGAGAAGCCAUUUAGUUGUUCAGUUUGUAGUAAAACCUUCGCGCUAAAGCAAAAUCUGAAACGGCACUUGACCGUCCACACCGGGGAGAAACCAUUCAGUUGCAGCGUUUGCGAUAGAAGUUUUAAUCGGCAGGAUAGCGUCAAAAAUCACAAGUGUGUUGGAGAGAGCAGCGGAAAUAAGUGAAGCCGCACAGAUGCUUGCUGAGCCAAUUUCUUUCCAGCAGGAUUAAAGAACUGAUGGCAAGACUUGGUUCGACGUUGAUAAGUUAGAAAUUGUCAGACUUAAGGCCUUUUCACACGGGGAGCGACACUUAGCCUGCAUAGUGGCGAGGAUCCGCGGGGUCUACUACGCUCCUCAUGUGAAGGACAACGCUCUGCGAGUAAACGCCAGGCGAUCAAUGUGUGGUAACCAUGGGGAUUCUGUUCACUGCUGUAUCCCUGCCGUAGCCUGACAAGCCAGACCCACAUCCAGAUGUUGGGUCUGGGAACUCACCAUUGGCAGGGCUCAAUCCGAGGGGCGGGAUAA